AUGCAUAUUCAUCAGCGGGACGCCAAGUUCGGCGCCGCCGCAGCCGACCUGACGGGGCCCCAACUUCUCUCACGCAACUCUGUGCCCGCCCCGGUCCAACUCGUUCAGGGUGAUUACUGUAAUGUGAUACACUGCAGCGCACCUGGUAGCCAAACGGGUGAUGAUGAUGAUAAUGAUGAUGAUGAUGAUGAAGAUGAUGAUGAUGGUUCUGGGGGCGGCGGCAGCGAGCGGCCGGUGGCUGAGACAGAGGACAAAGCGCCGCCUAUCGCCCAGACAGCCGCGGUGUCGGCUUUUGCGGACAGCAGAAAGCUGUGCAAAAAGCUGGAGGCCCGCGGCGGCCGGCCAGACGCCUGUGGCGCCUCUGGUCCGCCACUGCGGCUGCCGACGCUGUCACCCAGAGAUACCGGCCCUGCCGUCAGCGGGAAGCCGAGCUUCCCGGCGGCGGAGAGCGCAGCGGCGUCGGCGGCUGGAGGCAACGGCGACGCUUCGGGGGCGGGCAAGUCUGGGGGCGGCGGGGGCGGCGUGAGCAAGUCGCCGUCGUGGCGGCUGCUGCAGGCGCCCGAGCCGGGCGGCGGCCCGCACGCGCGGGGCCACAGGCACAGCUCGCCCGAGCCGCCGCCCGGCGUCGUGGACGCCGUGCUGGCGGGGGCGGGCAGCGCCGCCUGCCUGGCGCCGCCCCCGCCGCCCGCGCGCCCCGCCGCGUCGCCCACGUCGUGCGCCGGGCCCGCCACCGCGCUGCACCGGCUGGCGCGCCUCCUCAACCAGCGGCCCGCCAGCGCCGCCCCGCAGGUGCAGCUGCCGCAGCACGACCCCCACCACGAGCAGCAACGCCGCCUCAGCUGGGAGAGGUAG